AGAGUCCUGGCAGGUCCAGCCAACCUCUCGCGCCCCGGCCUAAGGCCCCGCCCUGACCUCUUCAGGCCCCGCCCUCCCCUUCCCCACUCCCCGGUCCGCUGGGGACAUCCAUCUAGGAGAUGAAGUCCGAGCGCCGUGUGCGCGCGCAUUAGGAUGGGGCUUGGGGAGGCGGAACUACAGCUCCCAGAAGGCAACAGGACUCCCGCGCCUGCGCUGUGCUGCUCUUUUCCCCACCCCACCCCCCUCCUUGCUCCUCCGCCGCCCUGGCUUUCUCUAUCUCCAACCGCCGCGGGAGCAGAACCGGAGCCGGGGCCGAGGAUCGAGUUGGGGCCGCAGCCGCCACUGUCCGUGUCGGGCACCGCGGGCCGAAAGCAAGGGCCGCCAUGGGGACUCCCGGAGGCGGAGCGCGCUGAGGCUUGGGGGGGAACCCGGGGUCGCCUGCGGCCAGUUACAGACGCAGGUGCCAGUGUCAGUGUCAGCCCAGCCGGCCCGGGGCCUCCGCGACCCGAGUGAGGGGGCGCAGCGGGGGGCCAUGGCUCACCUGAGGGACUUCACCAACCAGCACUCGCGCGUGGACCCCGAGGAGCUCUUCACCAAGCUGGAGCGCAUCGGGAAGGGCUCCUUCGGCGAGGUGUACAAGGGCAUCGACAACCGCUCCAAGGAGGUCGUGGCCAUCAAGAUCAUCGACCUGGAGGAGGCCGAGGACGAGAUCGAGGACAUCCAGCAGGAGAUCACGGUGCUGAGCCAGUGCGACAGCCCCUACAUCACGCGCUACUACGGCUCCUACCUGAAGGGCACCAAGCUGUGGAUCAUCAUGGAGUACUUGGGCGGCGGGUCAGCCCUGGAUCUGCUGAAGCCGGGGCCGCUGGAGGAGACGUACAUCGCCACCAUCCUGAGGGAGAUCCUGAAGGGCCUGGACUACCUGCACUCCGAGAGGAAGAUCCACCGAGACAUCAAAGCUGCCAACGUGCUGCUGUCGGAGCAGGGCGACGUGAAGUUGGCGGACUUCGGCGUGGCCGGGCAGCUCACCGACACCCAGAUCAAGAGGAACACGUUCGUGGGCACCCCCUUCUGGAUGGCGCCCGAAGUCAUCAAGCAGUCGGCCUACGACUUCAAGGCCGACAUCUGGUCGCUGGGCAUCACGGCCAUCGAGCUGGCCAAAGGCGAGCCGCCCAACUCGGACCUCCACCCCAUGAGGGUGCUCUUCCUGAUCCCCAAGAACAACCCCCCCACCCUGGAGGGCCACCACAGCAAGCCCUUCAAGGAGUUUGUGGAGGCCUGUCUGAACAAGGACCCCCGCUUUAGGCCGGCGGCCAGGGAGCUGCUGAAGCACAAGUUCAUCACGCGCUACACCAAGAAGACGUCCUUCCUCACCGAGCUCAUCGACCGCUACAAGCGCUGGAAGUCCGAGGGCCGGGGGGAGGACUCCAGCUCCGAGGAUUCCGACAUUGACGGAGAUGCGGAGGACGGCGACCAGGGCCCCAUCUGGACGUUCCCCCCGACCAUCCGGCCGAGCCCCCACAGCAAACUCCACAAGGGGCUGGCCCUGCAGGCCUCGCAGAAGUCUGCGGAGCCUGUCAAGCGCCAGCCGCGGUCGCAGUGUCUCGCCACCCUGGUCCGGCCCGUCUUUGGAGAGCUCAAAGAGAAGCACCGGCAGACGGGAGGCGGCGUGGGCGCCAUGGAGGAGCUGGAGAACGCCUUCAGCCUCGCCGAGGAGUCGUGCCCGGGCAUCUCCGACAGACUGAUCGCGCACCUGGUGGAGCGCGUGCAGCGGUUCUCCCACAGCAGGAACCACGUGACGUCGGCCCGCUGAGGGCGCCGGGAGGAGGCUGCGGGGCCUUUUCCCAACUUCUCAGAACGGACCUCAAACCCCUCAUCUGGGCCUGCGCAGGACCCUCGGCUGGAGCCGCCGGGCCGGGCCUCAGACACACACGGGCGCUCCGGGGAGCCGCCCAUGUUGUCCUCUGUUGUCUUGGGGUGGGAGGGGGCGCCGGGCCUCGCUAGGCUCCUGUGCGCAGGCUGGCGGCGGCCCUCCCCCCCCCCUCCCGCCUCCUGUGAUGCCCGGGAGCCUCGUCUUGUUCGUGAUGGUGCCGUGACGGUGUUUGGUGACCCCCCCCCGUGCCCCCCCCCGGGGCUGGUGUCCGACCCCCCCGCUCCUCUGUGUCCACAGUAAAGAUGGCGGGUUCCCAGGGGGACCGGCUGCUUCCAAUAAAGGAAAAGCCCCAGA